GACAUCAGGAAAUGUUUAGAGUACAACAACAGAUUAAAAACAUCUACACUCUCCGCGCUACUACAACUGCAGAGAUGGGCGUGGUAAACUUUUCUUUUUCUGCUCGACGUGCAAUUGGAUAUCGUGUUGCGGUGCCUGUAACCAUAGUAACGGUUUCCAAGGCGCCUCGUAACGCUUCCCAGUUCGCUGAAUGUUGCGAGUCGCCUGGUUGCUCCCUCGUUAUGGCGUCAUACUCGGAGGUCCCGCGUAGGACCGGGCUGCCCCGUGAAGUACUGAAAUGGCUGCAGAGCUUGGACCUAAGUGUAUCCCCUAAGAACUUCCGCAGAGAUUUCUCAAAUGGAUACCUUAUAGCUGAGAUAUUCUACUGGUACUUUCCAGAAGACAUCCAACUGCAUUCCUACGAGAAUGGGACGUCCCUAGCUAAUAGAUUGAGCAACUGGUCACAACUGGAGAAGUUCUUCAUGAAAAGGAAUCUGAAGGUUACCAAAGCAUUAAUGGACGGCACCAUUCACUGCAAACCAGAAGCUGCAGAAUUAUUCAUCCAGGAAAUGUACGUCAUGCUGACAAACAGACGGAUAAAAACCAUUCAGGAUAAUGAAGUUGAUUUUACUGACUGUCAUUAUCAAAAGAAGCUGCCUAUGGUUGCUAGAUCUACAGCAACAAAGACUGUGAAAAGCAAUGUUACCCUGACUGAAAUCCUGGCGGAGCCUGAUAUCCUAGUAAAUAAGCAGAAGGUUCAGGCUCUGAUGGGCUUACAUUUGCAACAGAGACAGCAGGAGAGAAUUGAAGAUCCAAAACGAUUUAAUGUGAAACCGUCACUGGGUGAGCUUGCUAUACGUGUUCCACCAGCAGGAAAUAAAAGUGAUAGUUAUGACAACCUCUCAAACAGAUCACAGUCCUCCUCUGCUUCCAGUGGGACUGACAUUAGGAGCAAAGCUAACGUUCAGUUUAAAGAAAUCACCGUUAAGCAAGGAAACAGAAGCUACGUGUCAUCAAGUGUCAGUUCCAAUUCAUCGUCAGCCAUGUUAAGCACACUGUUGCAAGAUGCUGGAGAAAAAUGGGCUGCUGCAUUUUAAUUGUAUUGAAAUGAAUACUAAUUUUGUAUAAAUUGUUCCAAGUCAAAUAAAUGGCACAUAAAUGAA